AUGCUACCCAUUUCUGACGUUCCUUCAUCUCAUUCGGCCCACAUGUCCCUUUCGUCUCGUCUUCAGAGCUCCAAAGUGAUUCCGCGCUCGCGAUCCGCCUCGGUCCGAGUCGUUUCCGCGCGGCUGCCAGUCCAGCAGAACCGAAAAAGCGCAGUGAAGCAUGACCCCAAUCAGUCACAAAUUUCAAUGCAAACGAACGAGGAAACAACCCUCCGGUCGAAGUAUUGUUGUGUUGUUGUGUGGUCGCGUUGUUGUCGUGUUAGCGUUAGUUUUGGGUUUAAGGGAUGCCCGAGGAGUUGUGGUGCUUCCAGUUGGCGAGGUCAACUUAAAUCGUGA